AUUGUUGUGUGCUAGACUUUUAUUCUGGUGAAGGCUUGAUUUUGUCCCAUAUCAAGCUGUUUUGAUCCUUAUUUACCGAAGCUAACUUUAGCAUUUGUUGAAAAGGAGUUACUUGUUCUUCAACUUUUUUAUAAAGCGAAUUACUUCACAAUGGGUCUUUUCACUCCCCGUAGGAAGAGAACUGAGAUCAGUCAGGGUUUUAGUAAAUAUACUGAUGAAAUCAAUAGGUAUCAAGCUGGCCAGCCGGAUACUUCGAGGUCGAAUCCAGCUAGAACGCAAUCAUUGACCAACGGCGCAGGCGAAGCUGCUUUGGCUGCUUUAAGACUCCAUUCUCUGCCUCAGCCUCCAUCAAAUAACUAUACCAAUCCCAGAUCUCCCUCAAACGUUCGUCUGAACAAUGUCAGAAGAGCUAAUUCGCUAAAUUCGUCUGCUUAUGGCCAACGCUCAAACUCAUUACGCAGUUACACAUACAACCCCAAACCUUCUUAUGUUGUGGGUCAGCCUUCAAUCAACUCUUCUCCAAAAAGAAGUAAUUCUGUCAAUAGUCGAUCACUAAAACCUCCUAAUCGCGACCAACGGUUGAACUCGCUCAAUUCUAAUAACUCUGGUCAUUUGAAACCUCUCCAGAACUUGAUUAGUGAAGAUAACGAAUAUAAUGAAGAAGAAGAUAUGAUUAUCACUACUAAAACUACUAAAGUGGUGGAUUCUCAGGGAAGAGUUCUGUCAAUAACCACCGAAACCAUAAAAACUUUACCCGAUGGUUCGAAUAUUAUUGAAACCACUACUAAAAACAUCUCCAGAAAUAAUUCUCGUUCUAAUUCUCUUCGAAAUAACUCUUUACUAUCGUUUUCAAAUCACAAUAACUUGAAUGGUUAUAACUUAUCUAAAAUUGAUGAAGAUUUACAAGAUUUCGAUUAUCAUUACCAAUUAGAUAAUCCAAAUUCUAACGAUUUGAAACUAAAUACCCAGGAACUGAAGGGUUUGGGGUCUCCUCUCAAAGAGUCUUUCCACCAAGAAAGAAUUAAUUCAUUAAAUUCAUCUUCAAAUAAACCUACAGGUCUUGAAGCUUCUCCAUCAAAACAGCCCCUCAAAUCAAUUUUGAAAAAUAAACUGCCUCCUUCCUCAAUUCAACCUUUAAAUGAUAAUUUAGAAGAUUCAGAAUUUAAAGAUGCCGCUGACUCUUUGGACGAUCUCCAGGACUCAAAUAUUAAACAUCCUUAUAAAAACUUGACGGAGCCGCCAACCCUGUCUAAUGCAGAAGUUGAAAAAUCUACCCCAGUUAAAAAGACCCUUCGGAAACAACUAAGUCCCAAAAAUUCUCCAAUAUUAACUUCACCUAAUUCAUUCCCAGCUAAUCGUAAUGAUGAUAUAAUAUCAAGUAAUAAUUCAACCCAUUCUGGCUCAAUCAAAUUCUCAAAUGAAGUUGAAACAAUACCAAUUUAUCAAACUACUUAUAAAAAACCAAAAAUUCCAUCUUCAAGUAAUCAUUCAACCACUAAGUCAACCGAUAAUUCGGAAUUAUACGAUCAAGCAAUGAAAGUAGCAAUGGAAAGAGUAUACGGUAAAUCAGAGAUUCCUUCAUCACCAAAACAAAAUAAUAAUGAAACUUUUAUUCAACCUCCUCAAAUUAAUUACUUGGGUUCCCCUCAGUCUUCAAAACGUACAUCUUCAAUUACAUCCAACUUAUCAUCUCUUCUCGAAAAUAAGUCAAAGAAGGAUAAAAAAGUUGAUGAACCUUCAUCUCCAAAAAUUGAUAGUAACUAUCACUAUCAAAAUCAUCAUAAGGAUUUUGUAGUUCAUUCUUUACGUGAUAAUCCAAAGCAGAAACAAACAAGCCGCAAAGAACGUGCUAAAGAAGAGAAAAAAUUACUGAAACAAAUGGAAAAACAACGUCAAGAUGAUUCAAAAAAGACUGAAAAAGAAUCUAAGAAAAAUAAAAGCGGUAAAAGGAUUUCCUCCGGUCUCAACUUAUUUUCAAGAAAGAAGAAACAUGAAAAUGAUGCAAAACCUGAAACUACAAUCGAUGAUAAUCAAGCUGUUGUUGAAGACAGUGUGCAAAACAAUAAGGAUAUUACCCCUCUGCAGACUAAAGAAAAUGAAGUGUCACCAACGUCACCUACUAAUCCAGCUUCACCAGCUGCUUUAAUGGCCGCUGCUUCUGCAAUCGGUUCUGAGCCAGUUGUGACCCUGGACGAAGUUAGAGCUCAGUCAGAUUCUAUCAUGCGUCCUCUUCCAAAACCUGAAGACCUUGAAAAUAGAGAAAUGGAAUCAGAAGUUUCAGAAACAAUUCCAGAAGCUACAGAAGUCCCAGAAACAGUCCCAGAAACAGUUCCAGAAGUUCCAGAGGUACAAGAACCCGAAGCUAGUGUUGAAAAUGCUGAACUUAAACCAGAGGUUUCAGACUUGACAGAAACCCCAGAAGUAGGUACAGACACAGUCGAUGAAAUGGUACCAGGUACAGACGCAAAUCAAGAAUCCUUGUCCAAAGAUCAAACUUCAAACUUUAUUAUUCCAAUUAAAGUUCCAGUUUUACAUGACGUUACUCCCUCAGGACCAAGUGCAUUAUCCAAGCACAAUGAUUUACUAUCUGACGAUGAAUUUAUUGACACCGAGGGUACUAACGAUGAAGAUAUAACCGAACAUGACCUUUCAGGAAGUAAUGCCGCUAAAUCACCAAGCCCUGAGGCAAUGACCCCACAAGUCUCUGCAGAACCAGCAAAAAUAGAUGGUGCAGAACAUAACAAUGAUGAUGAACGCUUCCUUCCUACUAUAGUAGCUGGUGAAAACGGAGCACCUUUGAUUGUCGACGGGAAACCAAAGCAGAGCGCUUCUGUGCCUGAGGUUGCAGAACCUGAAAAUAUAGCUCAUUCCAAGGAACCCGAGCCUGUUUCAGCCAAUGUCACUGAGCCUUUAGCUCCAGAAGAGGUCACUGAAGCUCCAGAGCCAAUAUCAGCCAAUGUAACUGCACCAUUAGAACCCGCAACAAACGACGAAACCAUGGCCACUAAAGAGCCAGAACCUAUUUCAGCCAAUGUUACUGAACCAUUGAAGCCUAAUGAAGAGAAAACCAUCAUUGCUAAAGAACAAGACGCAGUUGCAGCCAACGUGACUGAACCAUUAGAACCUGAAAUCAACGAACCAGCUGCAGCCAAUGUAAUUGAAUCACUAGAACCUGAAACUAACCAGACAGUUUCCAAGACAGCGGAAGAUUCGCCAAACGGCUCUAUCACUGAACAGCAGAAUGUAUCGACCGGAGAACACAAAGGAGCUGCUGCCCUUAUUCAUCCUCAAGAACCAAGUACAGCCCACAGUCCAUCCAAUAAACCAGAAGACAACCUCAACCAAUCAGAAACCACCUUGGGUCAAGAAAGCACGAAAAUCCAUGAUGAAAAUGGUUUGUCAUCCUCAAACGAACCCCAGCCUGAUGAGAAUGAAGAACCCCUUGUAAAUAAACAAGGCAACAAGAAACUUAACAAAUUCAAAAAGACGAUUUAUAAAUAUUUCAUCAACCAAUACUAA